GGCAAAACAGACGUGAAAACAUUGUCUUAAUCAGAAUGUCAGGUUACAAGAAACAAUAUUAUGCAGUUGACCGCGUGAAGGGUAUUCAAAUCGUGAAAAAGGCCAGCGAUAUCGAUCCAUAUGAUGAUGAUCCAGGUGUUUUAAGAGCAGAAUUGUCCUGUGGUCACAUCACUGGUCCAGAUACACUGACUGACUACUGCAGAAUACAGCUGACUGAUGGUAAAGCAGAGCUGAGAUGCCCUUUGUGUAAUGAACAAUGGUCCUACUGUGAAGUUCGUAAACUAGCUAAACUGACACUUGAAGAGCAACAAUUCUUCGAGGAAACACUUGCCAACAACGCUACUAGAAAGAAAGUAGACAUCAAGAAUUGUCCUGGUUGUAACUGGUUCAUCGAGAGAACAGACUCAGCUAAUAUUUGUGUUGAAUGUACAGUGUGCACUGCAAAGAAUGGCAGAACCUUUGAGUUCUGUUGGCAAUGUGAGAGAGAAUGGAAGGGUCAUCGUCCUCGAUCUGAUCGAUGUGACAAUGAAGCAUGCAGCAACAAAGAUCUGGAUUUGCUCAGAGAUUGUGGAAAUAUCACUUUAACAGAUGCUAGUAAUAUUAUCUGUCCAGCUGUCCGUGCUUGUCCAACAUGUGGUUUACUGAUUUCACACAGCACAGAGCACUGUAAAAACAUUGUAUGCACUAGAUGCAAUAAAGAAUUUUGUUUUGUUUGUCUGAAGCUCACACCUGACUGUGUGAGUACAAGCGAUUACUUUAUUCUUUGUUCAGAUGGUGUGGCUCCACGACAAACAUCAAUUCCAUUCUGGAGAGAUAAGCAAUAAAUUAGAAACACACAGACAGCAAAGCACUACAGAAAAGACUCUGUGGUACCACAACCAAAGAUGUAAACAAUACAGUUUCAGUUAAUGUCAUAUUUGUAUGUGUAAUUGUUUUCACAUAUUAAAUCACUGAGAGCACUAAUAAAAGCAUCAUACUCAUUUUUAAAUGUCACAAUGUUCCUAACUGUAUACGUAUGAAGUCAUUUUUAUUGUAAUAAUCAUAGACAUUUGAACAAAAAUACACUGCUUAUUAU